AUGGACCAGUUUAUGCCGCCUGGUGCCGCGGCGGCUGCUAUCAAAAUCCCCAGGAGGGCGUAUCAGGCUUGUGUCCGUUGCCGCCAGCGCAAGGCUCGAUGCUUGAUUCCAGACCCACCGCCCGGAGCCGAUCCUGUGUGCAUGAGGUGCAAACGGGAGCGAAAAGAGUGCGUUUUCACAGCCGAGCGGUCCCGGAAGCAGUCGUCACGCCAUAAUGAGUCUCCCUUGAGCGACUUAACGGACCGUGUUACUCGAACAGUGGUAUCUAAUCAGUCCGAAGCUCUAAAUCUCUUAUUUGAAGCGGCUGAAGUUUACCACGCCGGCAACUCUGCGGCUCGGACUAACGAAAAUGAUGUUGGGUCUUUGAAUGCUAGUGCAGAGAGCAAUUCUGUACAAACACCUGGACGUAACUCUGCGUGGCACUCCAAAGGCUGGGAAUGGGCAUAUCCUGCCGAAAAUGUUGUCCAACCUUCACCCGAGGUGAUUGAGACAUUUGCCAGGUUAAAGUUUGUCAAAAAAAGAUGGCUGACUGCUCAGGAGGCGGUAACGUUUGUCAAUCUCUUCUUCAGGAACAUGUGUCCUAUUACACCUGUCAUUGGUGACUGGUAUGGGGACCCUGCCAACUAUCGCAAUUUGGUUGAUGCGGAGCCUGUCCUAUGCACUGCAAUCCUCACUCUAUCAAGCCGUUAUCACUUAUUGCAUGGUGACGGCUGGCUAUCUCGCAGCUAUUUCUUACAUAAUCGACUUUGGCGAUAUUGUCAGUCGCUCCUACAGCGCGUAAUAUGGGGACAGGAGAAAGGCAUUGUGAGUUCGGCACGAAGUCUUGGGACCGUGGAAGGGUUCCUCCUAAUGGCUGAAAGGUCCGAUCGGAUGUCUUGGUCUCUCAUUCAAUCUGCAGCCAGUGUUGGCCACGAACUGGGGCUGUUUGACGACGAGGGAGACAAUGACAGCAGCUCUGGAUCAAGUAUAGUUCGCGAAUUUAACAAGCAAAGACGACAGAGGUUGAGAAUAGUAUUAUACUUGUACAUGAAUCAAUUGGCCUUCAGAAUCGGCUUUUCCACGCUCAUCCCUCAUACGUUAGUUAGUUUAUCGCAGAAUGCGCUCAAACAAUCACCGACCUCCCAGCUUGGCGACUAUUGGAUUGAGUCUAUGUCUUUGUGGGUAGAUCUUAGUCGGCUGACACGGACGUCUCAUGAUCUACUCUUUGCGUCAAAAGCACUAACGCGAGAGCUCGUGCAAAGCGGGAGGUACCGUCGAAUUCUGGAUCAUUUUAAGCCAUUACUGGAAAAUUGGUGGGCGAAAUACACAGCAGCCACAGGUGUAAUUGUCGCGGCGAAAGAUGUUCUCCGAAUCAUUCUUGGGUUUGCUGAGAUUGGGCGGCUGAGAUAUCUACCUGUUCGUACAUACGUGAGAGUGAUCUCGUCGUGCAUUUUCUUGCUCAAGGCGCUCGCACUUGGGGUUCCUACGGAUGAACUCAAUGCAUCUCUUGGUCUCAUUGAUCAGAGUGCACGAGUGCUCCGUCUUCACAUCGUUGAUGAUUUGCAUCUUGCUGGAAUUUUUGCAUCUCUGUUGGAGACCUAUACGCAAGGCUUCAGAGAAAGGUUCGUCAGUAUCCUGGGCGUUUCACGGCCGACCAACAGUCAUGUCCUGGACACAGAGGGAUUCCCAGGCAGCGAACACGCGGCAAAUGAGAUGCCAGCAAUCGAUCUCACCGGUGGGGAUUAUGGGAUCAAUCAAGACUGGCUAGCUCAUCCGUUCGAUGCAUCGAUUGCGCCAUUCGGAGCGGGCUUGACGCAAACAUUCGGUGUAUUUGAUGAUGAGCUCAAUUUCAUAUGGAAUGAAAAUUUGUAA